AUGGGUCGGCUCCAAGAAACAGCAAAAAGCAUCUUGGGGCCGGAGGAAAUGGAAGGGACUUUGGUCAAACAACUCGCCUUCGAAAAUGCCAAUACAGCAUGCAAAGCUGCAUUAAGGGUAAAAAUGAGGGACACUGAUGUUUCUGGUAUGAUUAAAGUGUAUAAUGAGGUAGAUAAUUUUGGCCAUCAGCUAUCAAAGUCAAUCAGCCUGGCCAUCGGCGCAGUAUUUAAGGGACAAAGGGGACACUCUCGCCCUGGAGGGAAGACGUGUUUCGCCUGUGGUCAGCUGGGACAUUUUGCAAGAGAAUGCCCCUCUCAACCAAUGGUUGGAAAUAAUCAAAAUGGUCCUGAGAACAGAGGGGGUGGCCUCCCUUUCCCCCCCCCCCCGCCCCCAUGCAGGCAGGGCAGACAUUGGGCAAGUGAAUGCAAAUCCAAGACCGAUAAUAUGGACAACCCCCUAGCCCCUGUCUCUGCUACUGCAGUUCAGGGAAACGGGGAAAAGGGCCCCGGUUGGGGGCCCUUACUCACCAAUUCUGUACCAGCCAGCUCAAACACCAGCGCCCAAUGUAAGGGGAGCAGCCCAACGUCAAAACCCCUUUACAGGGCCACCCCAGGGAGCACAGGAUUGGACUUGUGUCCCUCCUCCACCCGGAUUAUAACCCCUAAGGAUGGGACCACAAUUAUAGAGACCGGUCUAUAUGACCCUCCUCCUCCUGGCAGGCCAUCUUUUCAACUCUUGAUCAUGUACAUCGUCCAUAUUCAGAGACAGCCGCUUCUUUUCCUGCAGUGCCAGCCUCAUUCCAGAGACACGAUGGUGAAGGUCGGAAUGAACGGAUUUGGCCGUAUUGGACGCCUGGUUACCAGGGCUGCCUUCACUUCUGGCAAAGUGGACGUUGUUGCCAUCAAUGACCCUUUCAUCGACCUCAACUACAUGGCAGAGAAUGGGAAGCUUGUCAUCAACGGGAAGGCCAUCACCAUCUUCCAGGAGCGAGAUCCCGCCAACAUCAAAUGGGGGGAUGCCGGCGCCGAGUAUGUUGUGGAGUCUACCGGUGUCUUCACCACCAUGGAGAAGGCUGGGGCCCACUUGAAGGGUGGGGCCAAAAGGGUCAUCAUCUCCACCCCUUCUGCCAAUGCCCCCAUGUUUGUGAUGGGUGUGAACCAUGACAAGUAUGACAAUUCCCUCAAGAUUGUCAGCAAUGCUUCCUGCACCACCAACUGCUUAGCCCCCUUGGCCAAGGUCAUCCAUGACAACUUUGGCAUCAUGGAAGGACUCAUGACCACAGUCCAUGCCAUCACAGCCACCCAGAAGACUGUGGAUGGCCCCUCUGGGAAGCUGUGGCGAGACGGCCGUGGCGCUGCCCAGAACAUCAUCCCUGCGUCCACUGGCGCUGCCAAGGCUGUGGGCAAAGUCAUCCCAGAGCUGAACAGGAAGCUCACGGGCAUGGCCUUCCAUGUUCCUACCACCAAUGUGUCCGUCGUCGAUCUGACAUGCCGCCUGGAGAAAGCUGCCAAGUAUGACAACAUCAAGAAGGUGGUGAAGCAGGCAUCCAAGGGCCCACUAAAGGGCAUCCUGGGCUACACUGAGGACCAGGUUGUCUCCUGUGACUUUAACAGUGACUCCCACUCUUUCACCUUCGAUGCUGGGGCUGGCAUUGCUCUCAAUGACAACUUUGUAAAGCUCAUUUCCUGGUACGACAAUGAAUUCGGCUACAGCAACAGAGUGGUGGACCUCAUGGCCUACGUGGCCUCCAAGGAGUAAGAAGCCCACCCUGGACCACCCAACCCAGCAAGGACACAGCAAGAGAGAGGCCCUCAGCUGCUGAGCAGUCCCUGUCAUAACUCAAUCCUUGACACUGAGCAUCUCCCUCACAGUUUCCAUCCCAGACCUUCAGAAUAGCACAAGGAGCUUAGGGAGCCCUACUCUCUUGAAUACCAUCAAUAAAGUUCAUUGCACCCCCCAAAAAAUAUAAAGAAGCCACUUGUCAGCGAUUCAAAAUUCAUCCAAGGAAUAUGAAUAAAAAUAUGUCCUUAAGUUUGUACUCUCUGUUAAAAAUUAUGUUCUGCUUAUCAACUCCAUGACUUCAAACUAGGCAACUGCAUACACAUGUGCAGCUGAAUUCUGACCACUGAGAGUGCAGGACAGGGGCUCUAUGCAUUAGGAAGACAAAGCCAAGGGUAGCAAAAUGUCUGAGUUCUCAAAAAAAAAAAAAAUGACCACACAGUCCAAAGUAUUUCAACAAGGUAAAAACGAUUUUCUUUUGAAGAAGGUUGUGUAACCAUGCCAAAUCAAGCAACCAAGCAAGCACACCCAGUGGAGUUCCCACUGGCUUUGUAUUCCUAGUUUAAAGUUAUGGAACCCAUGACUGACACUGCCAGGGUUGCCAAGAACCUCAGACUCAUUAGGCCAUUAACAUAAGGGGAGA